CUUUCGCGUUUUCCCUAUUCGUUUUUCACUUCGAUUUGCCGCAGAUCAGCCGAGCCGCAAGCAGACGUCGCCAUGGGAAGAAGACCAGCAAGGUGUUACCGUCAGAUUAAGAACAAGCCUUACCCGAAAUCAAGGUACUGCCGUGGUGUGCCAGAUCCAAAGAUCAGGAUCUAUGAUGUUGGAAUGAAGAAAAAGGGGGUAGAUGAGUUCCCCUUCUGUGUGCACUUGGUUAGUUGGGAGAAGGAGAAUGUGUCAAGUGAGGCACUUGAAGCUGCUCGUAUUGCUUGCAACAAGUACAUGACAAAGUUCGCUGGAAAGGAUGCCUUCCACCUGAGGGUCAGGGUCCACCCCUUCCAUGUUCUGCGUAUCAACAAGAUGUUGUCGUGUGCUGGAGCUGAUAGGCUUCAAACUGGCAUGAGAGGGGCUUUUGGCAAGCCUCAGGGUGUUUGUGCUCGUGUUGCCAUCGGGCAGGUUCUUUUGUCUGUGCGCUGCAAGGAUGCCAAUGGCAACAAUGCCCAGGAGGCCUUGCGCCGUGCUAAGUUCAAGUUCCCUGGGCGUCAAAAGAUCAUUGUCAGCAGGAAGUGGGGUUUCACAAAGUUCAGCCGUACCGACUAUGUGAACUAUAAGAAAGAAAACCGCAUUCAACCUGAUGGUGUCAAUGCUAAGCUCUUUGGAUGCCAUGGGCCUCUUGCUAAUCGUAAACCUGGAAGAGCUUUUUUACCUGCAACAGCAUAAACAAUAUAUAAAACUACAAGAAGCCCUGCCCUACCUACUUAUGAAAUGUACUGAGGAUACUUUGGUUUUUAAUUUUGUUUUCUAGCAAUGUACCUGAUUCUAUGAAUAUGUUAUGUCAUGGGCUUAUGGCUUAGACUUAAUUAUUUUCAUUCAGCUGGUUUGUUCUGUUUUUAUUC